GAGGGCCCUUCUCACUGCAGCGUGUUACGUAAUCAGAAGUUGCAUAUAAAAUACUCAUCUGGACAGAGAAAAAUCCCAGUAAGAGAAACCAGACAAAAACCGGCAAUCAGCAUGUCUCUCGAUCCAGAGAAGGCAGUUUUUCCUUCUCGACAACAACUGUUUGAUUUCCAUGGAGUCUCAAUGAUUCCCAUUUUCACAACCAACUGGGAGAACGUUCAAAACUUUCAGGCCAGACCGGAUGAUAUACUUAUUGCAACAUAUCCCAAAGCAGGAACCACAUGGGUCUCCCAGAUUCUUGACCUGCUGUAUUUUGGUCAGACAGAACGACAGAAAACCAUCCCUAUCUUUGAGAGAGUGCCCUUCCUGGAGAUUGCCGUUCCACCUUUGUUUUCAGGAAAAGACCUGGCAGACAAGCUGCCCACCACCCCUCGACUCAUUAAGACUCAUUUUCCUGUCCAGUUUGUGCCAAAGUCCUUCUGGGAACAAAACUGCAAGAUUGUCUAUGUAGCCCGCAAUGCAAAGGACAACAUGGUGUCUUUUUUCCAUUUUGAUCGCAUGAAUAUUGCUCACCCAGAGCCUGGCGACUGGAGCAACUACAUCCACAGAUUCAUGGAAGGAAAAAUGGUGUUUGGCUCCUGGUAUGACCAUGUGAAUGGCUGGUGGAAGAAGAAACAGACUUACUCAAACAUUCACUACAUGUUCUAUGAAGAUAUGAUUGAGGACACUGAACGGGAAAUAGACAAACUCUGCAGCUUCCUCAGUUUGUCCAAUUCAGCUGAGGAUAAGAAAAUGAUUGCAGGUGGAGUCCAGUUUGAUAACAUGAAAAAGAAUGAGAUGACCAACUAUUCCACGUUCUCCAUUUUAGAUUUCAAGAUUUCUCCCUUCAUGAGAAAAGGAAAGGUUGCUGACUGGAAGAACCACUUCACCGUCGCUCAGAAUGAAGUGUUUGAUGAAGACUACAAGAAGAAGAUGAAAGAUCCCACACUUCAGUUCCGCACUGAAAUUUGAACAGAGCCAGGCAUACAGACUGGAUAUAGUCUGAAAAAAAUGAAGUAUGAAAUAAGCCAGAAGUGCUGAUCUGUUUAUUGAAAUAAAUAAACUUACAAAUCACAAACUUAUGAAUCAUCAGUUAACAGGAAUGUCAUCUCUGACAGUGAAUAUUUAAGACAUGUAUGUGCCCAAAACAGCCCAUACCGUCUUGACUUUUUAAAAAGAUCAAACAGAUACUGCUGAACAGUACUGUUUAACAAAACAAGAUCUCAAUCUGACCAAAAUUUAAUCUUCAUUUUUCUGGUUUUGAUUGCAGUUGGCAUACUUUGAUGUUGCAUCACUGUUGUCUUCAGUUUCAUUAUUGUUUCAUUGAUGUCCGUAGUCUUCUUAGUUGUACAUGAAUGCAUGAUUUAUACUUAUUACACACUCGCUUUACUCAUUAGGGUACAUCUGUUCAACUGCUCGUUAACGCACAGAUCCAAUCAGCCAAUCGCAUGGCAGCAACUCUGUGUUUAAAAAGAAAAUCAGAAUGGCAUGGUUGCUAAGCUGGUCUAAGUAAUUCAGUGGGACUACAAGGAUUUUCCAGCAAAUAGAGACAAAAAAGGAAAAUAGCCAAUGAGCAGCACUUACCUGGGUGUAAAUGACAUGUUGAUGUGUUAGGAGCUCAGAGAAGAAUGAUUAGACUGAUUGAACCUAACAGGAAAGCACUAAAAUAACCACUUGUUAUAGCCAAGGUAAGCAGAAGAGCAUCUCUGAACACACAGUUGAAGACCACAGUGGGCCCCACUAAUAUCACCUAAGAACAGGAAACUGAGGAUAUAAUUUGUACGUGCUCACCAAAAUUGGAGGAUGGGGGGGAAAAAAAUGUGUGGGCACAUUUUCUUGGUACACUGAACAUUGUUUAAAUGCCACAACCUACCUUAGUACUGCUGCUGACCAUUUCCAUCUUGAACAUUACCUCCAGUCUGCUGUUUCUAUUUUCUAGGCCCCUUGCUUCUCCCCUCCCCUUUUGAUCCCCUUUCGUUGCAUCACUCAGUUUGUUCCAUUUGUUUAGGCCUGUCCUACUACUAUGUGAAUCAGUGACAAAAUUUGCUUUGCAUUAUACAUUUUGAAAAGAUACAUGUUUCAAUGCCUGGAACCAACACAUUAAUUUUAAUACACUAUAUUUAUAGGAAACACAACGGUUAUCUACGUUACUGAUCUGCAGUAUUUUGGUCAGAAAACAUAGUUCUGUCAAAACAAGGCAACAUACACCAAGUACCAAAGUCUGACUCAGCAGAAACAAAAGCAUGGGGAACAGGGGUUAUACUGGGAUUUAGGAUGUAGGGGAAGCCUAAGAAUUUCUACAUCAGGGUACACCUCAAGAUAAACAAACUAAUUUGUAGUCUUUGUGGACAGGCUGCACCGUUAGAUUAACAAUAAAAAAUUUUCCCUCA